AAGGUCGAUUUCUACGGAGAAGGUCGAUUUCUACGGAGAAUGUCUAUUUCCAUGGAGGAAGUCGAUUUCUACAAAGAAGGUCGAUUUCCACAAAGAAGGUCUAUUUCCAUGGAGGAAGUCGAUUUCUAGGAAGAAGGUCGAUUUCUAGGAAAAAGGUCGAUUUUUCCGUAGAAACUGGACGUGAAUUUUGUAUAAAGAGGUCGUGUCCCUUGUGGGCCACCGUAGUCUACCCAUCUAGCAACACUGAACACAACUGUGCAGUUUCUGGCAAGGAAUUUCUUCAUUUUGUUCUUCGUGUGAAGGUUUUAGUGUGAAAUGUGUGGGUACACAUGCAUCAGAUAUUUGGUCUUUUUCUUCAAUUUUAUUUUCUUUCUCUCUGGCGCAGGUCUAAUUGUGAUUGGAGCGUACUUAAAACUUGAGGAUGCCGAUUACCUUGAUCUUUGUGACAAAUAUUCAUGGGACACUGGUUCAAAUCUCCUAUUGGCUCUUGGAGCUGUCGUUUUUAUCAUUGCUUUCUUUGGUUGCUAUGGUGCAUUGAAAAAGAAUCCCUGUUUUCUGAGAAUAUACUUCGUUCUAUUGUUGAUCGUUUCCGCUUGUGAAUUUGCUGUUGCAUAUCUAUUUGGCGUAGAAAGAUCUAAGAAAGUUAAGAAAGACCUGAAACAAUGUUUCAACGAAACAUUUGUAGUAAGCAUUAAAGGUUCUACAAAAUUUCAAGAGCAUUGGAACAAAUUUGAAGAAAAGUACAAAUGCUGUGGAAUUAACGGUGCUACAGACUACGGCAAUGUCAAUGUACCUUGCAUAAAUGCAACAUAUAGUAGUACGGGAUGUUAUGAUAAAAUCAAAACUGACCUUAAAGACAAUCUAAAAAUUCUUAUCAUUAUUGGUGGUUCCUUUUUUUCGAUUCAGAUCUUGGGUUUAGGUUUGACGAUUGUUUUAAUCUGUAAGACAAAGAUAGGUCGAAAGAAACACGGAGAAAUAAUUGACACACCAAAGACUACUACUGUGAAUUUUGAAAACAAAGUUUCAAUUUUUUCAUCAAGAUAACUAUCAAUUUUUGCACACGCUCUCUCCAAGAGCAUUAAGACGUUAUUUCUUAGAUUUAUUUGAUGUAUUUUUGCAAUGAUAUGUACACACUCUCAAAAUAUCAUACUUUUGUAAAUGCGUAUGUACAAGUAUAGUCAGGUCACACUUUA